GUCUCUUUAUUCAUUUCUCCUUUUUCAAUCUUCACUCUUCUCUCUCUAGCUUCUCACCGACGAUUUCUCUCAGGAACAAGCUUUUUACUCUCAGUUGAAUUUCUAAUUUUGCUUUCUACAUAGUUGAUAGAAACUGAUAUACAUAGAGCAGAAGGAGAGGUUGAAGAGAGAUGGCGAAAACGGUGAGUCCUGAAGCGAUUUCCACCAUUUUAGCCAACCCAUCACCGGAGUCUUCCUCUGAUCUACCCGAAAUCGUGGUCCAAGUUCUGGAUCUCAAGCCCACUGGCAAUCGAUAUAUGUUCACAGCCAGUGAUGGGAAAAUGAAGCUCAAGGCCAUUCUGCAAUCUGGUUUGUCGUCUGAAGUUGUAUCAGGGAAUAUUCAGAAUUUAGGCCUUGUGCGAAUUCUUGAUUAUACACUCAAUGACAUCCCAACCAAGAAUGAAAAAUACUUGAUUGUAACGAGAUGUGAGGCAGUGUCUCCAGCACUUGAUGCUGAAUACAAGGCUGAGGCUAAUAAUGCUGAAGAAACUAGCAUUGUCUUGAAUCCAAAGGAGGAAGUUGAUGUUAUGAAAAUGGAAGUGAAGAAUGGAGGGCCUGGCAUCAUUUUAAAGCCUAAGCAAGAAAUUGUUGCCAAAUCGGCUGCUCAGAUUGUGAAUGAACAGAAUGUAAAUAUGGCACCUGCUGCUCGAAUGGGAAUGAACAGAAGAAUUUAUCCACUUCUUUCAUUGAAUCCUUAUCAAGGAAUGUGGACAAUUAAGGUCCGUGUUACUUCCAAGGGGAGUGUGCGAACUUACAAAAAUGCCAGAGGUGAAGGGUGUGUGUUCAAUAUAGAGUUAACAGAUGAAGAUGGUACACAAAUACAAGCCACAAUGUUCAAUGAUGCUGCAAGGAAGUUCUACGAUAAGUUUGCAUUGGGAAAGGUUUAUUACAUAUCAAAGGGAACUCUUAGAGUUGCUAACAAGCAAUUCAAUACUGUAAAAAAUGAUUAUGAGAUGAACUUGAAUGAAAAUUCUGAAGUGGAGGAGGUGAGCAACGAAGCAGCUUUUAUUCCUGAAACAAAGUACAUUUUUGUCCCAAUUGAUGAAUUGGGUCCCUAUGUCAAUGGGAGGGAGCUUGUUGACGUUAUUGGUGUAGUUCAAAGUGUGUCUCCUACUGUGAGCAUUAGGAGGAAAAGUAACAAUGAGACCAUCCCAAAACGUGACAUAACUAUUGCAGAUGAAACGAAGAAGACUGUUGUGAUUUCUUUAUGGAAUGAUCUGGCCACCACUGUUGGACAAGAAUUGGUGGAUAUGGCUGAUAAAUCUCCAGUAGUUGCAAUCAAGACCCUUAAAGUUGGAGAUUUUCAAGGUGUCUCUUUGUCAACUUUGAGCAAAAGCGUUGUAGCAAUUAAUCCUGAAAUACCUGAAGCAAAGAAGUUGAGGAACUGGUUUGAUUCUGAAGGCAAAGAAACUUCACUAGCCUCUGUUGGUGCUGGUUUGAGUCCCACUACCAAAGGUGGAGCAAGAUCCAUGUACUCUGACCGAGUCUUUCUGUCUCAUAUUGUCAGUAAUUCAUCUUUGGGAGAGGACAAGCCUGUCUUUUUCAGCAUAAAGGCAUAUGUGAGUUACAUCAAGCCAGAUCAAACAAUGUGGUAUAGGGCAUGCAAGACAUGUAACAAGAAAGUAACAGAAGCUAUUGGGUCUGGCUACUGGUGUGAGGGAUGCCAGAAGGAUGAUAAUGAGUGCAGUUUGAGAUAUAUAAUGGUAGUUAAGGUAUCUGAUGCAAGUGAUGAGGCCUGGCUCUCUGUUUUCAAUGAAGAAGCAGAGAAAAUACUUGGAUGCUCUGCAGAUGAGCUUAAUAAGUUAAAAACUGAGGAAGGGGAAACAUCUUACCAAAUGAAAUUGAAGGAAGCUACAUGGGUGCCUCACCUUUUCCGAGUUAGUGUCACACCACAUGAAUACAAUAAUGAUAGGAGGCAGAGGAUAACAGUCAGAGCUAUUGUUCCUCUUGAUUAUGCAGCAGAAUCCAGAUAUUUGAUGGAAGAAAUAUCAAAAAUGAAAAUCUCUCAGUAGUAUGGCUGGAUGUUGUUUUGCUUGAAUCAUGAUAUUUAGUCAAUGCGCUUUCAUCUUUUUAAAGGUGUUUUGGCAUGAUAAUGACUACUGACUCCAUGGGCUAUAUCAUGCCAGUGUAAAAUAUGUGCUCUUUUGAUAGCAUAGCUCGAUCUUUGCUUUUUCAAGGAUGUAAUUAAGCAGUUGCUAGAAUUCAGUGCAUUCUAACUGUUGACUAAUUUAUGGAGCCAAGGCCAUUCCUUUUCUUAA